AUGGAGACGGCACAGGGCACAUGGGAUCUCGGCUCGCUUGGCGAGGUGAAUGUUGACAGCCAAAGCAGCCCAGGGUCAGUGCCUGUUGCAUUGACGAAGUCUCUUUCAGAAGCAGAGACGCUGCAGUCGAUGGAGACGACCUCUCCUGGGUCGGACACGGCUGCAAAGGAGAUCAAAGACGAUGAGUACCCCCCCCAAGAGCUCAAGGACCAAGGUCCAUCGCUCCCCGUUCCCCCUUGGCAAGCCCGCCAUGCGCAUUGGCAGCACUGGCAACUUCAGCAAUGGCACUAUCAACAAAGGAUGGUGCAUCCUCCUCCCCCCCUCCAUUUUCAGCCACCCCACAUCAGCUUGCAGCCUCCGUCCUCAAAUGAGGUGCAAGAGCUAGAGGGCUUGGCUGGCAAGAAGUUUCAUAGCAUUCAGGAGCUGGAGAAUGCCAUGAAACACCGAAGCCGCUCCGCUUCGAUGGAGAAGGAUCCUGUUCUUCCACACAACGGCCAUUCCCCCUCCCACUCACAUGGAUGGUCCAUGGCUGGCGGCCAUGUCGGCCACGUGUCGAACCACAGCCAGCAUCUUCGGAACCCGAAGUCCAAAUUGCCACUACCCCCGCCCCCACCGCCACCGCCGCCACCCUCGCAAGUGCAGGCAGCACCAUUGCAGUCCUCGCAAGCGCAGGCGCAGUCACAAUUUCAAGGCGGAAUGACGAUGCAAACGGGCACGGUGCGGCGACUCUUUCCUGGGAAAGGCUUCGGUUUUGUUGCGCGCGACGACGGUGGACGCGGGGCCAGGCACGGGCGAGGGGACGUCUUCCUGCACUUCUCGGACCUGGAGCCUGGCGUCGGCUCUUCCGAGCUCGCCGUGGGCGCGCGGGUGAAAUUCUACUGGGAGGAGCCGGCGGACGCGCAGCGCGGGCCUGGGGGCCGCGCACGGCGUGUCUCCCUCACCGAGCUUCCGGAGCCUGCGCCGGGCGUGCCGCCGAUGUCUCUUCCUUAUGCCUUCGGUUCACAUCCUGUGAUGGCGGAGGCAGAAGUCACGGCGACCACACCCGUGUCGCGGCUUGCAGGCAUGAGCACCUGGAGCACUGCAUCUUCGCUGGUUCCAGCGCGGCCGCGGCACACAGGACGCGUCUACCGACGAGAGAGCCUUCUGGCCGUGGAGGCGAAGAUGCGCUCGGCCGGCCAUCUGCGAGAGCCGAGGCCAGUCGGCGUUCCCCGCCUUCUUCCGAUGCCGAAGUGGUACUGGGACAACGAAGGCUGCGUGAGCGAGGACGAGACAGACGACGAAGCGCGACUCCGGGCACUGGAGGCGCGGCUGGACCGUGAGAACGGGGCCGACGCGAAGAACUUUGAGACCUUCGGUGAGGCUUGGGCGGUCGAGGCCUGGACCUUCGAGGAUGCUCUGGCCGCAAACCAGAGGAUCGCUGCUCACCAGCGCGCAGGCCUUGCCGGCCCUCUGCCUGCGGCGGGCCCUGCACGGGCGGCGCCGCCUUCGGCGCCGGCUUCGGCGCCGCCCUCGCCGGCCUGCGUCCGGGAGGAAGGCCGGGGCGAAGCAGCAGCGCCGGCUCCUACAAUGAUCUUGCAGUAA